AUAUGCAUACAUAUAUAUAAUGCUUCUGUGUUGGCAAUUCAGAUGAUUUGGCGAGUGUGUCUUUUUUCAUUGCUAAAAACCUGUCACGUUGGCUCUCAGAGACUUGUGAUGCCUGAAGACACAGGUAAUGGGAAAAAGAUCAGCAUUCUGGGAAAAGGUUCCACAAUUUUAUUAAUCAUACACCAUCUGUGUCCGCCCUUUUAAAGAAAUGGGCGCAAUCAGACAAUGACCUCGGCUUUACACCUGUUCUCCAAGAGGCCCUAGUUGUUUCCCACUGUAAGCCGCCCCAGAAAAGCGCCGCAUCAAUUAACCCACGGGAACAGCCCGGGGCUGGAGGAUGCUCCUGGAAUCCGGCCUCCCGCCGCGCCUCCUCCCCCGCAAGCUGUUCCUUCCUACCUACCGGAAGUUCAGGGCUCCGCCCACUUCCGCAACUCUGAAGCCACCGCCGGAAACACCUGGCUUCAGCCAAUAGUUAGCUUCCCAGGAAUCGUUACCUCUGACCUCGGGGCUAAUCAGAGACUGUGGGACGCACACCUCGCGAGAGGUGAGGUUGAAGCUGCCUCCGCCAUCUUGGAGAUGGGAGACGGGCGAUGGCUGUGGUCCUUCUGCUAAUGCAAACAACAAAACGGGCACACUAGUCACCCCCGAGGGAGGCCACCAUCACUGUAACUGUUGACCAAAGCUACAAAAGAGCGAGGGUGUCCAACCCAGCGCGGCGACACUGAGAGCAGCUUCCCCUGCCUUCUGCGGCGGCAGACGUGAAGUGCUUGAAGACCGGAAGGAUGGUGCAGUCCUGCUCCGCCUACGGCUGCAAGAACCGCUACGACAAGGACAAGCCCGUUUCUUUCCACAAGUUUCCUCUUACUCGACCCAGUCUUUGUAAAGAAUGGGAGGCAGCUGUCAGAAGAAAAAACUUUAAACCCACCAAGUAUAGCAGUAUUUGUUCAGAGCACUUUACUCCAGACUGCUUUAAGAGAGAGUGCAACAACAAGUUACUGAAAGAGAAUGCUGUGCCCACAAUAUUUCUUUGUACUGAGCCACAUGACAAGAAAGAAGAUCUUCUGGAGCCACAGGAACAGCUUCCCCCACCUCCUUUACCGCCUCCUGUUUCCCAGGUUGAUGCUGCUAUUGGAUUACUAAUGCCGCCUCUUCAGACCCCUGUUAAUCUCUCAGUUUUCUGUGACCACAACUAUACUGUGGAGGAUACAAUGCACCAGCGGAAAAGGAUUCAUCAGCUAGAACAGCAAGUUGAAAAACUCAGAAAGAAGCUCAAGACCGCACAGCAGCGAUGCAGAAGGCAAGAACGGCAGCUUGAAAAAUUAAAGGAGGUUGUUCACUUCCAGAAAGAGAAAGAUGACGUAUCAGAAAGAGGUUAUGUGAUUCUACCAAAUGACUACUUUGAAAUAGUUGAAGUACCAGCAUAAAAAAAUGAAAUGCAUAUUGAUUUUUAAUGGGGCCAUACCAUAUAUCCUCCUCUAGCCUAUAAAGGAGUUUCAUUUAAAAAAAUAACACUUGAUUACUUAUAUAAAAACAGUUCAGAAUAUUUUUUUAAAAAAAUUCGAUAUAUACUGUAAAAGUAUAAAUUUUUUUGUUUGUAAUUUCAGGUUUUUUACAUUUUAACAAAAUGUUUUAAAAGUUAUAAACUAACAUCAGACCUCUAAUGUAAGUUGGUUUCAAGAUUGUGGAUUUGGGUUUUUUUUUUUUAGUAUUUAUAGAAAUAAUGUAAAAAUAAAAAGUAAAGAGAAUGAGAACAGUGUAGUAAAAGGGUGACUUCAGUUUAAAACUUAAAAUUAGUACUGUUUUAUUGAGAGAACUUAGUUAUAUUUUAAAUCAGAAGUAUGGGUCAGAUCAUGGGACAUAACUUCUCAGAAUAUAUAUAUAUAUGUACAUAUUCUCAUAUGUAAAGUCACAUGGUUCAUUUAUUUUUCUGAAUCAGUUAUCAAAGAUAAAUUGGCAAGUCAGUACUUAAAAAGAAAAAAAGAUUUGAUUGUCUUCACAGCAGAAAAGAGUCGUUGCGUAUCUGAUCAAUAACUUUAGAUUCUAAGAGUGGAUUUUUUUUUUUAAUGGUCUCCUAUUUUUUUCCCCUCUGUCUAGCAUUAUAAAAUUAGAAGUGUAUUUUCAGUGGAAGAAACCUUCUUCAAUAAAUAAAGUAAGGCAUUGUCAUCAAUGAAGUAAUUAAAACUGGGUCCUGAUCUAUGAUAUGCUUUUAUCUUUCAUUACCCUCUAACUGAAGGACAUCCAGUUCCCCAGCUGUAGUUAUGUAUCUGCCUUCAAAGUCUCUGACAAAUGUGCUGUGUUAUUAGAGUUUGAUUUGUAUCAUAUGAUAAUGUUGCACUUGACUGAGUUGAGGCAAGUCUUCACAUAAAAAAUUAUUUCUUCACUUUUAACACAAGUUAGAAAUUAUAUCCCAUUUACUUAAAUGAGUGAUUUAUAUUCAGAACAACCUACUAUGUAGUGUUUAUUUUACUGAAUGUGGAGAUUUAAACACUGAGGUUUCUGUUCAAACUGUGAGUUCUGUUCUGACUUUGUGAGAAAUUUUACAUAUAUUGGAAAUGAAAAUAUGUUCUGAGUAAACAAAUAUUACUAUAGGAGUUAUCUAUUUAGAUUUAGAAUAACUAUUCCAAUGAUAAUUAUUACUUUUAUAUUUCAAAGUACACUAAGAUAGUUGAAGAGUAAUAGACCCUUUAAGACAGUAUUAAAGGUGUGAAACAAUGGC